GCACCUAGCUUGUUCACCUGCUAGUCCCCUGCAACAAACCUAACAGCCUUCACACACGCACCUCCCUCAAACAAGUCCCUCAAUUUCCCCCAAAAGCUUCACGCUUUCCUUAUCCUCUCUCUCUCUCUCUCGAUCUACGAUGGCCUCCAAUGGCGCUGCUCCGAGAGUUGCAGACCCAGAGAAUAGCUUGGAGAAGAUCAAGCGCCAGCUCGCUUCCGGUUCGGGUCGGAACUUGCUCCAGGGCCCACUUCUCAAGCGAUCCGAGACUCUGCGAAAGUGGAACGAGCGGUGGAUGAUCUUAGACCCGACGACAGGGAGAAUGGAAUACAAGAUUAGGAGAAAUGAGCCGAGUGUGAAGGGAACCAUUCUAUUUGAUGCGAAUAGCACAAUCGCCCUAUCUCCAGUGAACUUUCAUGGGUUGGCAAAGUAUGAUGGCUGCUGUUUCUAUAUUGGGACCCCGCAGAAAAAAGACUAUUUCCUUUGUGCAGAAACUCCUGGUGCGGCCAGAGCUUGGGUAUCAACGUUACAAGCAACACAAUUGGUCCUAAAGGCCCAUAAAGAAGCUGUGAAUUCCUUGAGCGGCAAUGGUUCAGCAAAAUUAGGAACUGUUGCUGCAGUAGUUGCUGCUGCAAAUUCAACUGCUGCAGAGAGUUCUAAGGAAAUUGAAGCAGCAAUGCAUAUUUCUUUGAGAAAUGCUUUGGGAAUGAUAACCCAGAAGCCAACUGAUGGUCCCAUGGAUGAUUUUGCAGUAAUGAAGGAGACACUGAAGGUCAAAGAUGAGGAACUACAAAAUUUGGCUCGGGACUUACGAGCACGUGAUUCAACAAUUAAAGAACUUGCAGAAAAAUUGACUGAGACUGCUGAAUCUGCCGAGGCUGCAGCCUUAGCAGCUCAUACAAUUGAUGAACAAAGGAGAAUUGCUUGUGCAGAAAUCGAGCGUUUAAGAAGAGAUUCAGAGAAGCAGCGGGAAUCUUCCAAGUUAAAGCUAAAAGAUUCUGAAGUAAAGGUUAUGGACUUAACCAAAGAAAGAGAGCAAUUGAUUAAGCAGAGAGACUCUGCUCUUCAGGAGGCUCAUAUGUGGCGUUCUGAACUUGCAAAAGCUAGAGAGCGUGUUGUGAUAUUAGAAGCAGCCGUUGUGAGAGCCGAAGAGAAGGUCAGGGUUGCAGAUGCAGAUGCCGAAGCUAGAAUAAAGGAGGCUGUUCAGAAAGAAUCAGCUGCGCUGAAUGAGAAGCAGGAGCUCCAUGUCUAUGUAAAUAAGUUACAAGCACAACUCCAAAGAGAGCACGUUGAUAUGAAGCAAGUGUUUGAGGAGAAGUCAGAGUCUUGCUCAGAUAUUGGCAAUAGACCCCUGACAAAACAUGUAGACUUAUCUGAGGAAAAUGUUGAUAAAGCAUGCCUCAGUGUUUCUAGAUCGGUUCCAGUACCAGCUGAGAGUGUAGUUCACAUGGCAGGGGAUCAGGCCAACUUCCGGCCAGUUGGAGAUGGUGAGUGGAGUGAUAUUCAGGCUACAGAGUCGAGGAUAGCUGAUGUAAGAGAAAUCGCCCCCGAGUCAGAAGCAAGCAGCUUAGAUAUUCCUGUUGUUAGCCAACCAGUUGGUAACCAUCAUGAUCAAGGGGGAAACUCUUUUCAACAGCCUUGAAGAGUGAUACAUUUGUAGAGAAGACUAUAGAAGUCAGUUAUAGGAGAAACAAAAACUUUCUUGGUGUUUUCAUUACAACAAAUUGAUUCUCCAGAGAUUACUGUAUGCAUCCGUCGUAGUGUGUCGGACACAGAAAACGAAAAACAUGUGAAACCCGCCUCUGUAAUGGUUCCAUGUGGUUAUGCCCAGUACAUACAACACUUUCCCGAGUCUGUCUAUUCCGUUCCUUCUUAAUGGAACUGUUACUUUUAUUAAGGAGCUUCGUCCAAACUAUAUUUGAGUUAAUAUUCUUCCGGCUAUUUUCUCUUC